AUGGUCUUCGGGUCCAACAUGAUUGAGGAUGCCGGAGGGGGGUUAGAAAUUACCCUCAAGCUUUGCGGAGCCAUCUUUCGAGGUCAGCAUGUCCCCGAGGAAGACCGCCAUGCUGACUACGAAGUCUUGGAAGACCACCUCCGUCGUAAGGGCCUACCGCAUGCAGAAGAAGAUGUCAUCCAGGCCUACUGGGAGAUAACACAGCAUGCCGAGGCAGCCUACUAUAUCACCAAAGAGGUGUGCCUUGAAGGGAAAGAACUGUCUGAGGCCAUCAUCCUGGAAACGCACCGUCUCUUGACUUACAAGAUUAAUGCCGAUGAGAUACCCUGGAACGAAUACGCUGGUGUCUAUCGAAAGUGGCCUGUAUGUACCGGCUUCCAUCAAUACAUGGCUCACAGCAUGGUCCCCACGGCGAUGAAGAAGAUGAUUAGCUCCAUCAAGGACGACGUCAAGGCUGCAAUUAACACUGGAGAAAUCGACCCGGUGGCUCUAGCAGCCAAGUACUGCCACAUCUUUGUCAACAUCCAUCCCUUCCUUGACGGAAAUGGCCGAACAUGUCGUCUCAUUCUGAAUGCAAUUCUCCUCAGAUAUGGCGGUACUAUCGUCUGCAUUGGAGAACAGGACGAUGGUCGACAGGAAUACUUGCGGAUUGCAAGCAAUGCGAGCUUUGCCGAGGGAAACCAGGAGGAUAUGGAGGACGUGCCAGAGGCACUCAGGCCAAAGUAUUACAAGGAAUUGGCUUCGUUUGUGCUUUUGCAUGCCCGAAAUAGCAUGGUCAAGAUCCGGGAGCUGCUCGAAAAAGGAUGA